AUGCUGAGCUGUGAGCGUUCAUGUGGCUGCAGCCAUAGCCCCAACGUGGAGGAUGGCAAGUGGUAUGGGAUUCGCUCCUAUAUCCACCUCUUCUAUGAGGACUGUGCAGGUACGGCCCUCAGUGAUGACCCUGAGGGGCCCCCAGUCCUGUGCCCACACCGGCCCUGGCCCUCACUCUGCUGGAAGAUCAGCUUGUCCUCGGGGACCCUCCUUCUGCUGCUGGGUGUGGCAGCCUUGACCACUGGCUAUGCAGUGCCCCCCAAGCUGGAGGGCAUUGGCGAGGGUGAGUUCCUGGUAUUGGAUCAGCGGGCAGCCGACUAUAACCAGGCCCUGAGCACCUGCCGCCUGGCGGGCACGAUGCUUUGUGGGGCAGCUGGAGUCCUCUUAGCCAUCUGCCUGUUCUGGGCCAUGACCGGCUGGCUGAGCCAGGAUUCCAAGGCAGAGCCCGUGGACACCGAAGUUGACAGCCAUGUGGAGGUCUUUGGGGAUGAACCAGAACAGCAGCUGUCCCCCAUCUUCCGUGAUGCCAGCAGCCAAUCAUGGUUCUCACCACCUGCCAGUCCCUUUGGGCAAUCCUCUGUGCAGACCAUCCAGCCCAGGCGGGACUCCUGA